AUGGCCACAGCCGCUGGAAUGAUGUCUUCCUCAUCGGCAGCCAACGUCGGAGCCAAAUACGAACGGAAUCAGGAAGCAACAAUUUUUGUGGGAAAUUUGGAUCAACAAACGGAUGAAGAAUUAUUGUGGGAAUUAUUUAUGCAAGUAGGACCGGUGGUGGAUGUAAAAAUACCGCGUGAUCGAAUUACGAAUACUCACUCGGGAUAUGCGUUUGUAGAAUUUAAACAUGAACAUGAUGCAAAUUAUGCCAUUCAAGUGAUAAAUCAAAUUAAAUUAUUUGGAAGGCCCAUGAAGCUGAAUCGAUAUGAUCAGGACAAAUCGGCCAAAAAUUUGGAUGUCGGAGCAAAUUUGUGGAUUGGAAAUUUAGAUCCUAGUAUUAAUGAUGAAUCAAUUUUGAAAGAAUUAUUUGGAAGAUUUGGAGUCAUGAUUCAGAAUACUCCACGCAUUCAACGAGAUCCCGAAACGAAUGAGAGUAAGGGAUUUGCAUUUGUAUCAUAUGAUAAUUUCGAGUCCUCCGAUGCUGCUAAAAUGUACAUGAAUGGUCAAUACAUUGGAGGAAGACCGAUUAUCGUCGAGUAUGCAUUUAAGCCAAAUUCUAGAGAGAGGUAUGGAAGUGAGGCCGAGAGACAAUUAGCUGCCAACAGACCACUCACACAACAGCAGCAACAAAUGCGAUUGAAUCACAUGCAACAACAGCUUCAGGCACAACAAAUGAUGGCUCUGCAACAGUUGCAGCAACAACCUCAGCCCGGCGGAGGUAGUGUUGUUUUUAUGAUUCCCACUACUACUCAGCAACAAGUAUCUCCUGGUAUGCCCGUUCUGAUACCCCAACAACCACAACUUCAACCUCAAUAUUUUAUUGCUGCAAACCCAAAUCAUCCAACCAUGCAGUAG